GUGGUGGCCGGGGUCGCGACAGAUCUGGAUUUUAUCUGUUCGUGAUGGCGUCGGUAGGCGUGCGGACGGCUCGCGGCCGCUGGCCGGCGGCCGCCGGCGUGCGGCGUCUCUCGGAUGGCGCCGGGCCGCACCGUUCGCAGCCGCGGGAGGAGCGCGCCCGUGUCCACCACAUGACCAGCUACUACAAUCAGUCGGCGAUCGACGCGGCCGCUGCCAAGCCUUCGGUGCGCCUGACCCCGGCCACCAUCAUGUACACGGGCAAGAGCACUGACGAGGCGCACCUGAUGCGCAGCGCCACCUACCUGAGGAAGGAGCUGCCGGUGCGGAUCGCUCACCGCAUCCUGGGCUUCCGCGCCCUGCCCUUCAUCAUCGGCUGCAACCCCAGCAUCCUGCAAGUGCACGACAUGUACAUCAGCUCGUUCCACCUGCUGAACGAGUUCCCGCCGAUCCGGUCUAGCGCGGACGAGCUGCGCUACUCGCACCUGCUGCGCCAGCUGCUGGAGCAGCACAAGAACGUGGUGUCGCAGCUGGCGGAGGGGUUCCGCGCGUGCCGCAAACAUAUAAAG